AUGCACUUAGUGCAAAAUUUUGGGCUCAUUAUUUGGUGUUGCUUCCUUCUCAUUAUGGUGUCAUUUGCUGAAGACAAUGAGAAUGCAGAUGUCAUCAAACACUGCAUGAAUUCCACCAAUUCAACGUCUUGCAGUUUAACAUAUGAGCAAGUCUACAAAAGCUUAACAAAGAAUGAGAACAGUUUUAACAUAUCCCAUGCCUUGUAUCCUGAAGGAGGAAAGCCAUCAUUUCUUGUCAGAGUAAAUGUUUAUGGGCUCAAUAAAACACACAACUCUCCACCGGCAAAGUUUACCUGGAGUAUACACUGUCUGUUUUCUAAUGUUCCUGCAUUGCUGCUUGAAAUGUUGUCUCUUGGCUCCAUUAUUGUGACGUCUAGAACACAAGAGCUCGACGUACAAAUUCCUGCAUUUUGUUGCAACUUAUCAGAGAACAUAGAGAAAAGAAAGGAAAUGAUACAAGGAUUUCUUAGAAGGGCGCUAUUUGAAGUAAGUACAGAUUUUGUCUGAAUAAGUAAAGGUCGCCCUGUACUCCCGCGGGGGUUAGGGGGGGGGGUAUUCCUUGGAAUUCUUGGUGGGGGGUGCCGCCCGGUUCUCCAAAUCUCCAAAUCUCCAAAAUUUCGCACUAACCCUGGGUUAUCGACUAGAUUAUCUUAACCCGGAACCCAGCUUCGAACUACCCGGCCCAGACCUCUAAAAUCCAUACCCGUCUUCAGACCUGGCCUUUAGGCGGAAAUUAUGUUAUCAUUAGUUAGAUUAGAGCGCAAACAAAAAAUUUUUCAAAUCCGCAAUUUCGAAUUCGCACAUUUCUCUUUCUUUCUUACUGAUUUUGAAUUGAACGAUAAACCAGGUUCAUACACAACCUCGUUCUCAGGGUUCUCUCCUACCCGCCCUACGGAGCUCCGUAGGGCGGGUAGGAGAGAACCCUGGGAACGAGGUUGGUUCAUACACUCCCGUAGUUCCCUCAAGAACCAUACUCGAUCCCAGACCAAAAUGGGCAAAGUGUACCGGCGUUUUCACACCAAAACGGCGCAAAAACACCAAAAAACCCGAUGGGGCCGCACAUACCUAUACAGCUUAUAUCAGGGAGUACCCCCAGGACUGUACUGCGAAAAUUUCUUAACAGUUAUUAUUAUUCAUUCAAAACAUUUCGCAUUUUCUAAUUAGCUAAAAGCACGCGCAUAAUUCACCAUAACCAGCUUCUGUUGACCAAAUUUGGAAGCAUUUCCAAUUAAUCAACCGAUGAUGUCAAAAGUGAUGCACAGUUGCAGGUUAAUGCACUGUUAAUGAAAACCAAGAAGACCUGGGGACGAGGUUAAGUUUGGUUGUGAAAAUAAAAAUGGCCGAACAGUCGGCGGAACAUUUUACUCGUUUCAAGACGAACUAUUGUUUGAAAACAUAGCAAGAAGACAACUCGAUGGACAACAUCUGCUAUUUGGAGUAUAUUUCCCGACCUGAACAGCCCUUUAUUAUCUUCUAUACAUGCACUAUCGAGGUGAACUUAACAUUGACGAAGGUAAGGGUUGUUAGUAAACCCUAUAACGGCGUAACGGGUAACGGCGUAACGAGAAACAGCGUAACGAGUUUUUUUUUUCUUUUUUCUCUGAAACCCGAUUUUUCCAAACCAGCCAAACUAUUGAGCAAGAUAAAAAUCUUAUCUUAAAUUGUUUUGUCCGAAAAAGAUAUCAUCAUCUUUCAUCUUUGAUGAGAUGAUAAAAACGUUACGUUUGCGAACGGGAAAGUAAAACUAAAGUAAAACUAAUCGAACGAAACCGAACCAAAAACUUUAAUCGAACUCAAUCGAACCCAGUCGGUCGGAUUGUUGUUCGAUUGGUUCGGUAAACGAACAUAGACGAUCAGCUUCGAUCGAACUGGACCGUUUUCAGUGAGUUCGAUUAAUCGAACUCGUGAGCUCGAUUACUGAACUCAAUCGACGCGAUUAGUUCGAUUUCGUUCGGCAGAAAGACAAAACGCAUCCAUUGCAUCCAGUUUCAAUUGAAUCGGAAAGAUCCGUGAUCAUCUCUCCAGUAUGUAUGGGAAGCAGUUUCAAAAAAAAUGUUUCAGUUAACCUGGAAUGAACUAUAAAAUCUUUAUGGUUUAAGUGAUUCAAAUUCGAUAAAUUCACAGUUAAUACGGAGGGACAUGAACGGCACAGCUGACGGCACAGUAAAACCAUGUAAAGUGUCUUUCCCGGGACAAUACCGACCAGGGUAUUCUUUAUCAGCUACUUUGUUCUCCUACUUACGUACACUUGUAUAAAUGCCUUAUAUAGUGUGAAAAAAAGAAAUUGUUGGCGGCCAUAAUUUGCGGUUUUCAAACCAAGGAUAGGAGCACGUCCGUCGAAGUCACUGUUACCGUUACUUCAGUGCAAGAGAAGCAUGGACGCGCACAAGUCCGCGCUUCUAUUUAUAAACGGGUGUCGAAAUAAAGUGGAUCUCAUUUUGUCAAGAGCGUCUACAUUCGCGCCGCUAUAAAACACAGCUAAAAACAUACUAACCGCUGUCGAUGUAAGUUCAUAUCGAUAAUGCAUAUUAUGCGUGUGCUUUUUGCCAAUCAGAAUUGUGCAAAUAUCUCUGAACAAUUAUGCAGAUCGAGGAGCUGGGUGGCCGAUGUGGAAAGUAAAACAGCCUCGACUCCGAGAACUACAUUAUUUUUCAUAUCAAACGAAAGCCAAAAUCAAUGGCUGUUUUAUUAUUCAUUUAAAAUAUUUCUAGGUUUUUAACAUCAUUACCACAUCGUAGCGUUUCUUCAAAACAUUUUCCCGUUAAUCGGCACAGUUCAGAAUCAUCAGGCUCAUGCUGACACUUGAACAGGUGUUGGUUCCUUGCAGAUACUCCUCAAAAUGAAGAACACAUCUACCGAGCAUACAUACAUUUUUUAAUAUUCUUGCGUUUGUUCCGUUCACUUUCUAUAAUUCGGCUAUUUAGUCCCGCUUACGUUAGCUGCGAGACUCUAAAAAUGCAACCAUUUCUUUUUCUUUUUUUGUGUGCGUGCGCCAAGAGGAAAGUCAUGGUACCAGGCGGUCCUAGCGGAGACUGUGGAAACUGGGAAUAAGAUUGGCGGGAUGACAAAAGCCAUAGUACAUAAAAAGCUCGUUCAGGAAAUAUUAAUGCGGCAGGACUUCUCCCAGGGUGGCGGGUGACGGAUGUCGGGUGAUGGGUGACAGGUGGUGGGCGACGGGUGGCGGGGAUAUUAAUAAUGAAAAUUAUGACAAUCAAUGAAGGUUAAUAUAUAGAUUUAGCCAGGGCUAAAAGCGAAGCUCUGGUUAAUAAUACGUGUAAACUAAAAAAAAUUAAAUCUUGUUAUGCUAAACGGGAGACGACAAUGAAAAUGGCUUCAAGACUAAUAGAUCUAAUUAGCAAAAAAACAAAUUGCACGUGCAGCGCAGUUUUUCUUCUAAUUAGCAAAAAACAAAUUUGCACGUGCAGCACGCUUUUUUGUCUUUCCCUUGCCGUUGUUUUGCACGACUACAACGCUGUUUUGUACGACUAAAACGUCAAACUUCCUAGUUACACACUAUUUUUAUGGAGAAAUUGUCGUAUGUGCUUACCCAAUAUUUUGUUUCCAGUGUUCAUGUUCGCUUUUAUUUUUCACUGCCGCUCAUUUUCACCUUGCUGGCCGCUAGCAUUUCUCAUUUUCUCACCGCCGCUUUGAAUUUCCAUGUUUUUCUUCCUACGAAUUUUCAAUAAGUCGCUCUAGCUCUUUCUCUGUUAUCCACGUUAGUGUACACAUAAAAAAUAACGCCGAAAAAGACACGACUUUUUUCUUUCUAAAAGUCCGGGCGGCCAUGUGAUUUCCUUCCAAAUAAAUCCUUGAGUUGCAUUUGGCUUCCCAUACCUGUUGAUUGAGUUAUUUUACAUUGGUAUGCCUGUGGUGCGGACGGACGGUCGCUCGCUCGAUCGCUCGCUCGCUCGGCGUACGGUCACGUGAUUACCAAAUUUUCUGGGAUGGGUAGAUUACCACAUUUCCUUAGCUACGGGGCUCCGCCCACGCGCGCGCUUCGCGCGCGGGUGGAGCUCCGCUAAAAAUAAUAUCCUUAUUAAUAAUGAACACAAAUCAAUGUAACUUUCCUUUUUGUUGAUCUACAGCUGCAAGAUCUGGCUGUAAGUCCGGAUAUUCGGGAUCCAUCUUUGAACACAGCUCAAUGUGUUAUAGAGGGUCGUGAACCUGAAAAUGUCAGAGACUCCCAAGGACAUAUUGGUAGCAUGUUACGGGCAGGUAUUGCUUUUGCAAUUUUCGCUGGCGCUAUUUUCAGUUUAGUGAUAGUCGACAUGAGAAAAAUUAACAGAUUAAGUGGCAGGAAGAUUAAAAACACGGUAACUGCCAUGUGUGUUUCGAUUCACUUCUUGUCAGUACUAUGCAUUUUAUAUUUUUUUGUUGCCUGUGGAUUGACUUUUCGAAAUAAUUCUUAUUUUGAUUUUUCAUUUAACUUAGCUUUUCUAAUUAUAUUGACUGUCGCCCAAUCCUUUCUUCUAUAUAAAUCAAUGCACCGCUUCUCAUUUUCCUAUGUUAAUUGUAAACGCGGUAUUAAAGCAAUAUUUUGCCUAUUAUGUACAUUUGGAGGAAAUACGAUAUGCUAUAUAAGUUGCUGGCUUGUAAUUGGGAUAAGAAUCAAUCCGUCAUGGGGUUUAACCGUUGCUCUCUCCAUCAUCUCUAUUUUCGGUGCAUUGACUUACGCAGUGUACCUUUACCUGGAGGUAAUUUACCCAAACGGGUAUAACAUAAGGGAGCGAGGAAAUAAACUUCAAGACUUUUUAUGGGGAACUUAUACUUUGUCUGAGGAUUCUUAUCGUUAUCAGCCUCUCUCGAGUUCUGCCUCGAAUGAUGGCAACAGUCAAAACAAUAAUGAUCUCCAAAACGAAGCUACUGCGAUUUUUAAGUCCCUUACUUUUUCGCAAAGCUCCAGGGCUAUAUAUCUUUGUAUUCUUGGAUGUACUGCUGUGGUGUUUUUUUUUAUAAUGGUAAUUCAAGCAGGGCCGUCAAUAGCUGGUCAGACUAGUGCUGCAGACGAACUCCUUAAAACCUCCUCUUUGUAUUUUAUUACUGCAUUUAUAACUUGGGCUACUUUGAAGAAGCACGCUUCUAUUGAUACUCCCCUCCAAAAUGAAAGAACCCAAAAUGCUGAAGAACAGGACACGGAUCACCACACUGGAGACCACCCCGGUGGCGAGUUGGGCACCCAA